AUGCCGUCAGCCUGCUUCAGUGUCGAAUACACGGGCCGAGUGGCCAUUGUAACCAUCACAAACGAGAAGAAGCUCAAUGCAUUGAGCGGGCCACAAUACUUCGAACUCUCUCAGAUCCUGAGAGAGAUAGCAACUCAUGAUGAAGUCUACAUUACGCUUCUGACCGGCAAGGGGCGAUUCUUCUCAGCUGGUGCCGACGUAUCUUUCGGCAAGAGCGUCCCGGCGGACUCAGAUCCGUAUUUGGAGUGGCUGCGCUCGUUCGUGGCCAACAAUUUGAACGCGACGCAGGCGUUCUAUACGCACCCCAAGAUCCUUGUGGUGGGACUCAACGGGCCCGUCAUCGGCCUUUCGGCCGCCCUGGUCUCGUUUGCAGAUUUCAUCUACUGCACACCUCACUCGUUCUUGCUGACACCUUUCUCGUCGCUGGGUCUCGUAGCAGAGGGUGGUGCCUCGAGGGCUCUGGUGCAGAGGCUUGGCAUCAGCAAGGCCAACGAAGCGCUCAUCAUGAGUAAGCGCAUCAGCAGUGAGGAACUGCUGCAAACGGGCUUUGUCAACAAGAUCUUUGACUGUGGUAAUGAAGACGCGAAGUUUAGGGAAUUGGUCUUGAAGGAGAUCGAUGAUAGACUGGGCGAACAUCUGAUCGGCGACAGCUUGACCGGCAUCAAAGAAUUGAUUCGCAAGCCCGAAAAAGAUAUUUUGGAUGUCCAAAAUGUAAAUGAAGUCUUUGCAGGCUUACAAAGGUUCAUGAGCGGUGUCCCGCAAGCCGAGUUUGCCAAGAUUGCAAGUGGACAGAAGCGACACAAAUUGUGA